GAGAGCACCACAACGACUUAGAGCCAAGAAGAGCCCGUGGAAAUGCAGAACCUUCCAGCUCUCCUGUUGCUCUGUGUGGCUGUGUGCUCAGCCUACCCAGCGGACAGGGCUGCAGAGGACGAGGACAACACCGAGCUUGUUCAGCAAUACCUGGAAAAAUACUACAAACUUGCAAAAGAUACGAAACCGUUUGUUAGAAGAAGGGACCGUAGUCCCGUCGUUGAGAAAAUCCGAGAAAUGCAGAAGUUCCUCGGGUUGGAGGUGACGGGGAAGCUGGACGCAGACACUCUGGAGAUGAUGCGUAAGCCCAGGUGUGGCGUUCCCGAUGUCGGCGACUUCACCACCUUCCCUGGCAUGCCCAAGUGGAGGAAAACCCACCUUACCUACAGGAUUAUAAAUUAUACGUUGGAUUUGCCAAGAGAUGCUGUUGAUUCUGCCAUUGAGAAAGCCCUGGGCCUCUGGCAGGAGGUGACCCCACUGACCUUCUCCAGGGCUGAUGACGGAGAGGCUGACAUAAAGAUCUCCUUCGCAGUUAGAGAUCAUGGAGACUUUAGCCCUUUUGAUGGACCUGGAAAUGUUUUGGGUCAUGCCUACCCGCCCGGCCCUGGCAUUUUUGGAGACGCCCACUUUGACGACGAUGAACAGUGGACAAGGGACACUUCAGGAACCAACUUAUUCCUGGUCGCUGCUCACGAACUUGGCCACUCCCUGGGUCUCUUUCACUCGGCCGACCCCCGCGCUCUGAUGUACCCAGUCUACAGCGCACACACGGACCUGGCCCGCUUCCGCCUUUCUCCAGAUGACGUGGCCGGCAUCCAGUCCCUGUACGGAUCACCCUCUGGCUCCCCAGAUGACCCCGUGGCACCCACGGAAUCUGUGCCUUCAGAACCGGGGACCCCAGCCGCGUGCGACCCUGCUUUGUCCUUCGAUGCAGUCAGCACCCUGAGGGGAGAAAUCCUCUUCUUUAAGGACAGGUAUUUUUGGCGCAAAUCCCUCAGGACACUUGAACCUGGAUUUUAUUUGAUCUCUUCGUUUUGGUCGUCGCUCCCAUCAGGCCUGGAUGCCGCAUAUGAAGACACCAGCAAGGACACUGUUUUCCUUUUUAAAGGAAGUCAGUUCUGGGCCGUGAGAGGAACGGAGCCACAAGCAGGUUAUCCCAAAGGCAUCCGCACCCUGGGUUUUCCUGCAACCGUAGGGAAAAUUGAUGCGGCCCUUUUUGAUAAAGAAAAGAAGAAAACGUAUUUCUUCGUAGGAGAAAAAUACUGGCGAUUUGACGAGAAGAGACAAUCCAUGGAGCCGGGCUUCCCCAGGCAAAUAGCGGAAGACUUCCCAGGGGUGGACACGAAGGUCGACGCUGCUUUUGAAGCAUUUGGAUUUUACUAUUUCUUCAGCGGACCUUCCCAGUUGGAGUUUGACCCCAACGCAAUGAAAGUCACCCACACCCUGGCAAGCAGCAGCUGGCUGAAUUGCUGAGAGGCCGAGAAGCACCCCACGGCUCGGGACACUGCUGCUAGUCCUGCCCGGA